UUGCGAACAGACUUCCAGAAAAAUAGUAAUUGUACAACCUUUUUAAACACCUUCUCCUCAAACAAGAAAAACACAAAAUCAUUUCCCUUUUUAUUUUCUCCUCAUUUACCCUAAUAUUGCUUUACAAAAUCUUCCUACUCAUCAAAAACAACACUCAAAAACCAUUAUGCAUUCAUCUGGCCAUCUUCUUGUUAAUUAAUUAACCAAACAAAAGAUUGAAAAUUUGCAACAUUUUUGCAUUUUCAUACAUUGAACCUAGACAUGAUUUGACAUUGUUACAUUCUUGAUCUGAAGGAGGGGUCAAUUUCAUUUAUUUUUUUUCAAGUGUUUAAUCAUUGGAAUUCUUUAUUGAUGCCCAGAAGUUGUACGAUGAAACAUUAAGCGUGCGUGUGAACAAAAAGGCUAAGGUGAAUAAGUCCAUUCUAAUCUAAGAUGGGUCUAGCUAGUGUUGAGGCAAUAGACUCAAAAGAAAUGGACUACCGAAGUUUAUCAUCCUCGGAACACCAACAACCACCAUAUAUGCACAAGGUUGGAGUUCCACCGAAACAGAACCUAUUCGAUGAAUUUAAGUCUACUGUAAAGGAAACAUUGUUUGCAGAUGAUCCUCUACGCCCUUUUAAGGAUCAGCCAAGGUCUCGGAAGUUUGUCCUUGGUUUGCAGACUGUAUUUCCCAUACUAGAUUGGAGCAAAAGCUAUAAUGUUUCCAAAUUCAGAGGCGAUGUUAUUGCUGGUCUGACUAUUGCAAGUCUCUGCAUUCCUCAGGACAUUGGAUAUGCAAAGCUCGCAAACUUGGCUCCUCAGUAUGGGCUAUACUCCAGCUUUGUUCCACCUUUGGUUUAUGCCUUCAUGGGUAGCUCAAGAGAUAUAGCCAUAGGACCUGUUGCUGUUGUAUCACUAUUGCUAGGGUCUCUCCUCAGCAGUGAAAUCGAUCCAAUUACAAAUCCAAUUGAAUACCGGAGGCUUGCAUUUACAGCUACCUUUUUUGCUGGCAUUACCCAAGCUACUCUUGGAAUCCUAAGAUUGGGAUUUUUAAUUGACUUCCUAUCACAUGCUGCUAUUGUUGGUUUCGUGAGUGGUGCGGCCAUUACAAUUGCCCUCCAGCAACUUAAAGGUUUUCUGGGCAUCAAGAAGUUUACUAAGGAAACUGAUAUCAUUUCGGUGAUGAAAUCAGUAUGGCUUUCAGCUCAUCAUGGAUGUAACUGGCCAACGAUUCUCAUUGGAGCGAUCUUUUUAACUUUACUUUUGUUCGCAAAGUACGCUGUAAACAAGCGCAAAAAGUUCUUUUGGAUACCUGCAAUUGCUCCUCUGAUCUCUGUCAUUCUUUCCACCUUCUUGGUCUACAUAACCCAUGCUGAAAAACAAGGAGUCGAGAUUGUGAAACACAUUGAAAAAGGAAUCAAUCCUCCUUCUGUAAGGGAAAUAUAUUUCACCGGCGAUUAUCUCCUAAAAGGGCUUAGGAUUGGUAUUGUAGCUGGCAUGAUUGCAUUGACGGAAGCUGUUGCAAUUGGAAGAUCAUUUGCUUCAAAGAAGGACUAUCAGUUGGAUGGAAACAAAGAAAUGGUGGCACUUGGAACAAUGAAUAUUGUUGGCUCCCUGACAUCAUGCUAUGUGACAACAGGUUCUUUCUCUCGUUCAGCAGUAAAUUACGUGGCUGGCUGCCAAACUGCAGUUUCCAACAUUGUCAUGUCUGUUGUUGUGGUCCUGACGUUGUUGUUCAUAACCCCUCUUUUUGAGUACACUCCGAAUGCAAUCCUCUCGGCCAUCAUUAUCUCUGCUGUCAGUGGAUUAAUAGACUAUAAAUCAGCAAUUUUGAUUUGGAAGAUCGACAAAUUUGAUUUUGUUGCAUGCAUGGGAGCAUUUUUUGGUGUGGUUUUCGCCUCUGUUGAGAUAGGUCUUAUAAUUGCUGUCUCAAUAUCAUUUUUUAAGCUUCUCCUCCAAGUCACAAGGCCACGAACAGCUCUUCUUGGCAAGAUCCCCAGGACAAAUGUAUAUAGGAACAUUCAACAAUAUCCCGAGGCAACACGAGUUCCUGGUGUACUAAUUGUGAGAGUUGAUUCUGCUAUCUACUUUUCCAAUUCUAACUACCUGAGAGAGAGGAUAUUGAGAUGGCUAAUGGAUGAGGACGAACAACUACAAUCCGUUAACCAACCUAAAAUUCAGUUCUUGAUAGUUGACAUGUCACCUGUGACUGACAUUGACACUAGCGGAAUCAAUGCCUUUCAAGAGCUGCACAGAAGCCUACAUAAGAGAGAAGUUCAGCUAGUUCUCUCUAAUCCUGGAAGAGUAGUGAUUGACAAACUGCAUGCAUCAGCUUUCAUGAGUCUAAUUGGCGAGGACAAGAUCUUUCUCACCGUAGGAGAUGCUGUCCUGACCUGUUCCUCAAAGCUCCCUGCAGAAGUAGUCUAAAGUGGUAACUUGUAAAUGCAAUAGAACCAUGGAAACUCAACUAUGCUUGGAUGUCCAAACAUAUAUAGCUGAGAGAAGUAGUCUAACGUCGACUUGGAGAAAGAAAAAUCAGCUGAGAGAACGAACUUGCAUAUACUUGUUAAAUGUAGAGUGAAUAAGCCAAUUGUGGUUAUAAUGCUACUGUUGGGUUGCUGGUUGAAUAAGCCAUAGAUUUUUAGCUACCUUUUGGAUUGUAUAGUUCAAAACUUUCUUCUCAAUGAGGUUUUGCUGAAACUAAGCAAUGUUUAACUUGGAAUUUAUGCUUGUGA